CGCGCGACGCGCGGAAGGAGUUCGCGCGACGAUCGCGGGGUCGGAGGGCGGGGCGAGGCCCUGGACGGCGGCGGAGGUGGUGCUCCUCCGUUUCUUUCUCAGACCGAGAGCCGCUCCGGCAUCAUGUCAGCUUACCCUAAAAGCUACAAUCCGUUCGACGACGACGGGGAGGACGAAGGCGCCCGGCCGGCCCCUUGGAGGGACGCCCGGGACCUCCCCAACGAGCCCGACGCGCCAGCGGACAGGCAGCAGUACUUGCGGCAGGAGGUGCUCCGCAGGGCUGAGGCCACGGCCGCCAGCACCAGCAGGUCCCUGGCCCUCAUGUACGAGUCCGAGAAGGUUGGGGUCGCCUCUUCCGAGGAGCUCGUCCGUCAGCGAGGAGUCCUGGAGCGCACAGAGAAGAUGGUGGACAAGAUGGACCAAGAUUUGAAGAUCAGCCAGAAACACAUCAAUAGCAUUAAGAGCGUGUUUGGGGGGCUCGUCAAUUACUUCAAAUCCAAACCAGCAGAGACCCCACCUGAACAGAAUGGCACCCUCGCCUCCCAGCCCAACAGCAGAUUGAAAGAAGCCAUAAGUACAAGUAAAGAACAGGAAGCAAAGUACCAGGCCAGCCACCCAAACCUUAGAAAGCUGGAUGAUACAGACCCUGUCCCCAGAGGGGCUGGUUCUGCUGUGAGUACCGAUGCUUACCCAAAGAACCCACACCUUCGAGCCUAUCACCAGAAGAUCGACAGCAACCUAGAUGAGCUGUCCAUGGGACUGGGCCGUCUGAAGGACAUAGCCCUGGGGAUGCAGACGGAAAUUGAGGAGCAAGAUGACAUUCUUGACCGGCUGACAACCAAAGUGGACAAGUUAGAUGUCAACAUAAAAAGCACAGAAAGAAAAGUUCGACAACUCUGAAGACAAGACGGAUUUUUACUCUAUUGUGAUGAAAAGAUUUAAAAGAGCUUUUUUUGAACUUCCAAGAAAUUUCAUUUACUAUUUUAGUAUGUAAAUUAAUGUGUGUUUGCAAAUGAUAUAAUAGAGUAGGUCUUAAGAC